UCGAGGACUCGUGUCCAAAACAACAGUCAGCACUUUCUCUAGUUUUCUGGUCUUUUCUGGAAGUGUCUGACCAUGACUUGGCAAAUUUACGGUAUAAAUACCUGGCUCGUGAUGACGAAGGCCAGUUAUAGCCACAGUGGAAGAGAACAGCCAUGGCCGACGAGUCUGAUUUGUUAUCUUUGGGUCGACAUUGCUCAGUAGAAUGGUGCAAACAACUUGAUUUCUUGCCCUUCAAAUGUUCGCACUGUAAACAGGAGUUCUGCCUGGAGCAUCGGCUGCCUGACGAGCACGCUUGCCGAGAAUUCGAGAGGGCCGAUGCGCAGGUUCCUGUGUGUCCACUUUGCAAUAAAAAGAUAAAGAAGUCUUUUGGGGAUGACUUAAAUACACAGGUUGAGAGGCAUCUUCUUAGUGGCUGCAAAGAUUUGAUAUUGAGAAAAGCUAAGAAAACUAAUAGAUGCUCCUUAAGAAGCUGCCAUAAGAGUGAGCUCCUGCCAUUAAACUGUAACCAGUGUGGCAAACAGUUUUGCAUCAGGUAACAGUAAUACACAGGCAUGCCCAAGAUCACUUCUGCCUUACUGUUAGUCUACCAAUGGUAGAAGUCCACUAGCACAGACUUCCAAUAUCAUAAUGUUAUUUGUAAAUAACACCCUGUUUAUAGUUAGAUUAUGCAUUAUACAGCGAUCUUAAUUAUUGUCAUCUUAUAUGAAUAUUUAUGCUACUGCCCCAAGGUGUGCAAAUUGUUAAUAAAUACUUGGUCAUAUAAGAUCUAUGACCUGGUUUUCUUGCAA